AUGGCUGAAUUUGCUGCUGAAGUAGAUGAUUUGACUUAUACAUUCCAUUCAUCGGCUGAACCAUCCUUGUCACGCAUUAAUUUAAAAAUACCAUGGAACACAAGAACCUUAGUAGUUGGUUCUAACGGUGCAGGUAAAUCUACUUUAUUGAAAUUGUUGAGUGGGAAACAUCUUUGUCUAAAUGGUAAGAUCAGAGUCAACGGACUAGACCCCUUUAGUCCAAUUUCAAUGCAAAUUAAUUCUGCAAAGGAGAAUGGUGAUGAAAAUGUUCAAAUUACCACUUAUUUAGGUACGGAAUGGUGCCAUAUGAGCAUCAUCAACAGAGACAUUGGGGUUCUUGAAUUAUUGGAAAGUAUUGGAUUAAACCAUUACAAAGCUCGUGGAGAGAGACUGAUAGAAAUUUUAGAAGUAGAUCUCAAUUGGAGGAUGCAUAGGUUGUCUGAUGGACAAAAAAGACGUGUACAAUUAGUGAUGGGUCUUUUAAAACCAUGGAGAGUCUUGCUAUUAGAUGAAGUCACUGUAGAUUUAGAUGUUAUUGCCAGAUCCAGAUUAUUAAUGUUUUUAAAAGAAGAGACCGAGACUCGUAAAUGUUCUGUAAUUUAUGCUACUCAUAUCUUUGACGGCUUAGCUAAAUGGCCGGAUAAAAUUAUUCACAUUAAGGAAGGUUUUAUUGUAGAGGAGAUAGAUUAUAAAAAUGAUGUGGAAUUUGUCUUACCUGACAAUAAUAGUACUAAUAAUAAUGGAAAUGGUGUUAUUAGAUAUAAUCAAGAUUCUAAACCAAAGAUUUCUGUGAGUAAAGUAGACAGUUUACAUCCAUUAGCCCUUUCCUGGUUGAAACGUGACAAUAAUAUUACAGAUCGAAUCCAAUAA